AUGGCCCUCAUCCACCGCUCAGGGAGGCCCUCUCGUUUCGGGGGACCAUCCACCCUCGCCGCCCCUCCCUCAGCGCCCCCAAAAAUCCGCCCCCAAGUCGCCCCGUUGCACUGCCCGCCGGGCUGCUCUUUCCCACUUUCGCUCCCCGGGAUAAAAUUAGACACUCGUUCGGUCCUCCAAAAAGUGCUUAUUUUUCACCGCCUCGUCCGUGAACGUUUCGACCCCAGUGCAGUGCUUUUUCGAAAAUGCAAAAAAAUUGCAUCGUCGGUUGUGGUUAUCUCAUCGUUCCCGGACGUAUUUUUGGAUCUUUAUCUGGCUGCGCAUAAGAACGGGACCCUUUUUUCUCUUCGACUUCAGCUGUUGGAAGAAAGCCUGGACUUCUUGGAAACCCCCCAAACCACCCACCUCGAUCACAUUGGAUUAUUUUUUUUCCUUGAGACCUCAGUAUUUCGUUACAUAAUCAAGAUCCUCAACUUCCACACUGAACCAGUCAAGGACGAUCAAACUUGGAAAAUCUGGAGGAUUGCUUAUUCUCCUUAUCACUAUUGGACAAGGCCGACACAUUCCAGAAACGAUUGAAAGAUCAUCAUAUGAAGAACAAAACACAGUUCCCGCUUAUUUUUUGCACAAGAGAGAAUUAAUAAUUUCAGCUUAUUGACGGUUUUGAUUAACAAAACAAUGAAGGAUCAAAUCGAGAGGUUCGACUUGGGCACUGAAGCACUACAGGACGCUCCCUUUAAUUUCCCGCUCCCUGAGACCCUAAUUUGUGAUUUCUGUUCAUGUAGCUCACAGAUUAGGCAUCUCAGGUACGGGCGAUCUAAGUGUCACUCAUCGUUGGAUCAUCCCUGAAAAUCUUGCAAUGGCGCACAGAUGUACGGCACUUAUCAUCGGAUUCAAAAUGCGAAAUAAGCGUAAUCAAGAGCACAGCUCAUGGAAGACCAUCCAAAAUAUAUAGUCUUUAUUUCAUUUGAUGGAUUAUGAAAUGUCAAGAGUCAUUACUUUCACAAAUGUAAUAGUAACUGGUGCUGAAUUAAAGUGACUGAUUUGUAAUAGGUAUAUAGUAAUAAGUAAUAUGUAUAUGGAUAGUUGUUAUUAUUAUUUCAUCAUAUAUGUACUGAUAUCAUCCGUAUAGGAAAUUUUUCAGCAUUUUUAGAACGAUUCAGUGUUCUGUAAGCCGCGGAACUGUGUAUUCAUACUAUUGAAGGUCGGAUAUACCAACAAGGAAUAAUAGAAUUUCUCCAAACACCAAAGUAUUCAUAUUCACGUUCAGUAUUGACGGCCGUAGGUUUUUUGUUUUUGUUUAAAAAAAAAUUGAGAAUUGUGUCACCUUGUACGUUAUUGAACACUAUAGUUUGUGUCAAAUUGGUCGAAUUAGCCGUUGGCUUUUUGGGCACUGGAUGAAACUAGAAUGGAAACAGGGAGUUUUAUCUUGUGCCCAAAAAGUCACCUGCAAUUAGACCAAUUUAAAAGAAACUAUAGUGCUCAAUAACGCACAAGAUGACGCCAUUCUCAAGGUUUCUUAAAACAAAACAGAAAACCUACGGCCGUUAAUGCUAAACGUGAAUAUGAAUACUUUGGCGUUUGAAAUUCUAUUAUUUCUUGCUGGUACACCCGAUCAUCAGUACACGGGUCCGUGGCUCACAGAACACUGGUAAAACAUUUCUCCAUACGAGAUCAACCUUCUAGAAAAAGAUUCCGACCUCGGGCGCCUUCAAUAUCAGGCGAUACUUCAAGCCUCACCUGAGAUUUAGCUUAGUUGCCUCUUUUAACCUUGACUGAAGACACUAAAGAGAAGAUUUCAUUCCAAGGGAUCCGAAGAAUGACAGGAUUUUGGAGGCGAUAGCCCCUGUCCAGCUUCUAAAUAUUCAAUAUUAGUCAAGUAAGAGGAGAGUGGAAGGAAGAAGGAAAAUCCAAUACGACAGGGGUAAAAAAUGUUGAUACAUUCAAUACCAGAAGAACAUUCAAAGUGUUUUAAUACUGCCAGUGCCAGUCU